CGUAAACGAGCCUUCGCUUGCUCUAACCUCGUAAAGGUUUAUUAGUCUAAACUCGUAACAGGAUGACAUCGGCGAUCUCUCAAUUCAUUACCAAGACCCUGUGCGAAAACCAGGGAAGUCUGGACUUUAAACAGCUGAAAGAGAAGUUGCAAUUGGUAACACGAAGUGAUAAUGCUGCGGAAGAAGUUCAGCGGCUUGUCCAGGUCGGUAGAGUCGCAAUUCAGCAUGACAAACAGGGGGUCUCCGGCACUCAAACACCACGACCACACAGUCUGGUAGUGGCUAAAACUAACCUGCGGCUCUGCCAGAAAAAAUCCGGAGAGUGUUUGCAGUGCGACGGGUUACACCUGUGCAGGUAUUUUGUUUGCGGAGACUGCUCUUUCGGACCCAAGUGUAAAAAUCCUCAUAGUCUGGCUUCUCCAUGCAAUGCAGAGCUUCUGAGGAGACAUGAUCAUCACGGUUUGACGGAGAAACAGCUGUUUCAGCUGCUACUGCAGAAUGAUCCCUUUCUGCUUCCAGAGAUAUGUCCACAUUACAACAAGGGCAACGGCGUGCACGGCUCCUGUAAAUUCGCAACCUCCUGCACCAAGCUCCACGUCUGCCAGCACUAUUUCCAGGGCGACUGUAAAUUUGGCUCCUCGUGUAAGAGAUCCCAUAAUGUUGAUGCACAUGGGACGAAGCUUUUCCGAGGAUUCAGUCAGGAAAAUAUUGAAAACGUCCACAAGAUCUACAGGAAUAAGCUCAUCAUCGUGGAUCAAAACGAGAGGCAGAGCACUGUUAACAAUGUAAUUGUGUUUCCUGCAUUCCUACCAAAAGUGAGAGCCUCCCCUCAGCAGGCUUCCUUCCAGCCCCGCCACACAAUUCCUGUACCUCGCAUCAUAUCGCCUGAGCCGGUUAAAAACACAAGUGAUGCUGACAAGAAUGAAAUCUGCCUCUACUUCAUUCGCAGACACUGCAGCUUUAAAGAGAAGUGUGCUCGUGUCCACUGGCACCUGCCUUAUAGAUGGCAGCUUUUCGACCAACUGACUAACACCUGGAAGGACUUGGUGAAUAUGGAGGAGAUUGAGAAGGCAUACUGCGACCCAUCGCGUGAAACAAGUUCUGCAUCUCCUGCUCAGCAGUCGGUCAACUUCAUGACGAUGACACUUGGAGGGUCUCCAGUCCGUCGCCUCUCCACCGCCUCCUCCGUCUCAAAGCCGCCUCACUACAUUCUUACAACGCAGUGGGUUUGGUACUGGAAGGACGAGACCGGGAUAUGGAUGCAGUUUGGGCAGAGUGGAGCCACUGUCACUUCACAAACCCUGGAGAAUGUGUACCUGGCAGAAAGAGACACACAAAUUCCUUUUAGCGCUGGCAAACAGCAGUAUGUGCUCCACUUCAAGGAUGCAUUGGGAGGCGAGAGGAUGUAUCAGCAGAAUGUGAAGUACAAAACCAAGAGGGACGUCAGAAGGAGGCCUCACUUUGUGUCUGCUCAGGAUGUGGAGGUGAAGCUGAAGAGCACAUCAUCUCAAAGCUCUAGCUCGUCCACAGCUGAAAAUGUCCCAUCCCAGUGGGACAAGAGUGCACUCCCUGAGUUCGGAUACAAGCUUGUACCUCUCCCCAUAUCUGAGGAGUAUAAUGACAUUAAGAAGUUGUUCAUGUGCACCAUGCCUCAGAGUACAAUUAUCGACAUCCAGAGGAUCCAGAACGCCUCCCUGUGGAAUCUCUUUCAAUGGCAGGAAGAUCAGAUGAAGAAAAGGAAUGGAGGGCGUGUGGACAAAAAGCACUUGUUCCACGGGACGGAUGAGUCCCUGGUUGAGGCCAUCUGUGAGCAGAACUUUGACUGGAGGAUGUGUGGCGUCCAUGGCACAGCCUACGGCAAAGGGAGCUACUUUGCCAGAGAUGCAUCCUACUCAAACAGGUAUGCUAAGGCCAAACGCAACGGAACCAAGGUCAUGUUUGUUGCUCAGGUCCUGGUGGGGGAUUACACCAGGGGUAGAUCCAGCUACGUCCGCCCCCCUCCAAAAGGAAGCAGCAAAAUUCUGUAUGACAGCUGCGUUGACAACAAAACUAACCCCGGCAUAUAUGUCAUCUUUGAAAAGCAACAGAUUUAUCCAGAGUACAUUAUCAGCUACUCAUAAGUCAUAUUACUGUACUCUCUAUCUCUAUUAUGAGAGGGUUUUUAGUUUGAGUACCACAGCAUGUGGCUAUGUUAAAGUUUUUUUUUGUCUUGAACCUGGGGUAGAAUGAUUCUGAUAUCAUGUUUUCUAAAUACCUUUGGUAUGAGGAAUAUACUUGACAGUAUUUGGACUUGGUUGUUGCAAGUGUUUCCCCGUGUUUAAUUACCAGGUUUAUCUUUACUGUAUGCGCUGGGAGUGGUUUUAAUAUGAGGUUAGGUUGUAGGGGAAACCGGAUAAGUUAAUAUUCACUGUGAAAUCAAACACUGCCAGUUAUUUACUGCUCCUGUCGGUGGUUUUAAUGUUGUGGCUGAUGGGUGUAAGUGCUCAUAAUUCAGUAGAGCGGUAACUAUGAUGACGUAUACUGUGUGUUAGAUUGUUGGAUGCUGGUAUGUUGCAAUAAUCCUUCUGAAAGAGGGAUCAGGUUAGAGGCAUUGUCACUCAUAAUGUUUUUCCUCGACAGCUUUUCACAGCUUACGUUUUUUUCUCGACUUGAAAUUACGUUUUCCUGAAUAAAUGGGACCAACCAAAA